UCCGCGGAGCCAUGGCGGCGCUGCUCCGGGGCCGGUGCCUGUGGCGGGCGUGGUCGUGCAGGAAGGCCGGGCAGGGCCGGCACUACCGCGCCGCGCUGUGCACCGAGCUGAAGCGGCCCCUGACCGUCGGAGAGGCGGCCCCCCGCCCUGUCGGGCCUCUCGAGGUCAGAGUUGACGUCCAUUUCUGCGGAGUUAACUUUGCAGAUAUUUUGGUCUGCCGUGGUCAGUAUCAGGAAAGGCCCCAUCUUCCCUUCACACCUGGAAUGGAGUUUUCUGGGACAGUGUUGGAGACAGGCACAGACGUCAGCACGGUGAAAGAGGGAGAUCGAGUUAUUGGCGUGAGUUUCUUUAAUGGUAUGGCUGAAGAAUGCAUCAUUGACCAGAAGAUGCUGUGGCCGAUUCCAGAAAAGGUCUCCCUGCGCGAAGCUGCUGCCCUACCUAUAUCUUACGCCACCGCUAUUUUAGCGCUAGAGCAUCGUGCUCGUACUCAGCCUGGAGAAACUGUUUUGGUGACGGCAGCAGCUGGAGCCACAGGCCUGGCGGUGAUAGAUGUGGCAACAAAUAUUCUUCAGGCUAAGGUGAUAGCUGUUGCCGGAAGUGACGAGAAGUGCAAGCUGGCGAUGCAGCGAGGUGCCCAGUUUUGCGUGAACUACAAUGAGGGCGGCCUGAAGGAGACAGUGAGGAAGCUGGUGGGCAGUGGCGGGGUGCACGUGGCCAUCGACAUGGUGGGAGGCGACGUCUUCCUGGAGGCUCUCCGCAGCCUGGCGUGGGAGGGCAGAAUCGUGGUGGUUGGAUUCGCGGGAGGAGACAUCGCUUCCGUGCCAGCCAACCUUCUGCUCCUGAAGAACGUCUCCGCCAUGGGGGUGGUCUGUGGCCAGUACAAAGACAAGGACUUCCCCGUCUUCUCCAAGACCCUGUCCUCCGCUCUUGAGUACUGCCAGCAAAGGCGCGUCCAGCCGCACGUCGGGUCGGUCUUCAAGCUGGAGGAGGUCAAUGAUGCCUUCCUUCACGUGACACAGCGCAAAUCCAUGGGCAAGGUGCUCCUCUCUCCUAAAUGAACCCUCGCCUCAGCGGCAAGCUCAGCACGUCCAAAUCCAAACUCAUCAUCUCUCCAAAAACCCGAUUUCCCUUCUGUGUUUCCAAAGUGUUACCACCUUCCUUACUAAUCCAGGUUUAAAAUCUUAGAGUCACCUUUGAUUCUGUUUUCUUAUUGCUCCUAAUUUAGUUCGAUUAUAUAGGUUAUUGUCCAUACUUGCACCUUUUUGAGAGUGAACGGUACACUAGUAACUACGGCAGGAGAACGUAUCCCAGGCAAAGCCGCGUGUGUGGCCACCCCAUUCGUAAUGCACCAAUCGCCACGUUCUGUCGUUCCCGUCUCUGAGAUACCUCUCUCCUCCACGCCCCUUUUCCGUAUGACUAAUUACGUCUCUCCUGCUCUCUCCACUGCUCUUCGAACCAGUCUUCCUACCUCCGAACUCCCCCACGCCUCCAUCCUUGCACGCUAUUGCCGUGGUGAUCUUCCCAAAGCAGCGGUCUGACUGUGUCCCGUGCCAGAGCGCCCGCAGUGGCUCGCCGUUGCGUGUGGUGGAUGCAGACUCGGGGAGCCAGCCUUUCUCUACACCCGUGCUUGCGCCCCAGCCUCCGCUCCGCGCCUGCUCCGGCGCCUGCGUACACCGAGCUUGCCUCCCGCCCUCGUUUCGCUCUGCUCCUGCGUGUCCUCGACGCCUCAUCUCUGCCAGACGCCCGCCUUCCUGACCUCCAGGACCUACCUUUGCCAUGUGCCUUUACCCUCAGGAGCCUGGUGUGCUCUCCUCUUUGUCUUCUACCUUCCUGCGGCUUCUCCUCCAAGAUUCGUCACUUUCGUAGGGAACAGCAUGUGUAGUGGAAUGAACACAGGCUUCUGAUUCCAAGAUGAGGGUUUGAAUAUCAAACUCACCUCUUUAGAGGUUGUUACUUGAGGUCUCUGUGCCUUCACUUUUCUCGCUGUAAAGUGGGUAUUGCAGCAUCUUCCUCACAAAGUGGCUGUGAGCAGCACAUGCAGUGAUCGAGUAGAGCACCGGCGCCUGGUAAGCAGUUAGCAAAUGCUAGUUCCUUUCACUUCUUUCUCUUCCCCUUUCCCACGUACCGUGAAUUCCCUGAGAGCAGGUACCGUGUCUGAUUCACCCUUGUACUUCCCGUAAUACUUCCCAGAGUGAGUUACCCUUGCUAAAUACUCAAUAAAUUGAAUUGAA